CUCCCCCUACCUAAGCUUUAUCAUCACUAUCAACCCCACAUCAUAAUUUCAAAGAAAAUCACAACCUCUCUCUCUCUCUGAAAUAAGCACAGCACAGAUGUACUCUGCAGAAUCUCUCCCUAUCAGAGAGCCAUAUGACUAGUUGGGCCACCUCACACUACACCACACUACCAAACAACACAUGUUUCUGUCUUCAUACUCCAACUCCACCAUUUCUGUCUUCUUCUUCUUCUUCUUCUUCUUCUUCACUCCUACUCUUUCAGACACCCACCUUUCUUUUCACCCUCCUCUUUAGCUCAAAAUACAGUACUCCACUGUGAAGCAAGCUCCAAAGGAGAUAGAGAGGCGCCUCCGACACCACCAACAUGUCAAAACUGGUGGUAGAGGUUCACGAUGCAAGUGACCUGAUGCCUAAAGACGGCCAAGGCUCGGCCAGCCCCUACGUGGAAGUAUAUUUGGAUGAGCAGAAACAACGCACUCAAACCAAGCAGAAAGAUCUCAACCCUAACUGGAACGAGAAGCUGGUCUUCAACGUCAACGACCAAAGGGAGCUCUUCCACAAGACCGUCGAUGUGGUGGUAUACAACGACCGGAAAGGCGGGGGCCACCACAAGAACUUCCUCGGCCGUGUCAGAAUCUCCGGUAACUCCGUGCCUUUGUCCGAGUCUCAAGCCACCAUCCAGCGCUACCCGCUUGACAAACGUGGCCUCUUUUCGCAUAUCAAAGGCGAUAUUGCGCUCAGAAUUUAUUUUAUCAACGUCGACCCUUCUUCUGCUUCUGCUGCUGCUGCUGCUUUUACUCCUCCACCUCAAGCUAGUGGGGUUGAAGAGAUAUUGGACAACACACCCUUGCAAGAGAUUAACGCUAACAAUCUCCAAGAACAAAUGGAAGAAAUUAGCAGGGUUGAGGAGAAGAAUUCCAAGAAGAAGAAAAAGGAAAAAGAUCAAGUCAGAACCUUUCACUCUGUAGGAACCGCUCCUCCUCGUCCUCCUCCUCCACAAGCUUCAAUGCCCUCUGGGUUCGGAUUUGAGAAGGAAAAGCCGGCCAUGGAAACCAGGACCGAUUUUGCACGAGCUCAAGCCGGCCCGGCCGCGAGUGUCAUGAAAAUGCAGGCCUUCCCAACUAGGCAGAACCCGGAAUACGAGUUGGUGGAGACCAGUCCUCCGCUGGCAGCACGGCAGAGGUACAGAGGACUUGGGAAUUACAAGACAUCCAGUACAUAUGAUCUUGUGGAGCAGAUGCACUUCUUGUAUGUAAAUGUGGUGAGGGCCAGAGAUCUUCCUGUCAUGGACGUCACCGGAAGCCUUGAUCCAUUCGUGGAAGUGAAGCUUGGGAACUACAAAGGCAUUACGAAACACUUAGAGAAGAACCAACACCCAGAGUGGAAGCAAGUUUUUGCGUUUUCUAGAGAGAGGAUUCAAUCGAAUUUACUGGAAGUGACUGUGAUGGAUAAGGAUACAUUUACAAAAGAUGAUUUUGUUGGGAGGGUUUUUUUCGAUCUCACGGAAGUUCCUGUCCGGGUGCCGCCGGAUAGUCCUCUGGCUCCUCAGUGGUACAAAUUGGUGGACAAGAAGGGAGACAAGACCCAUGGGGAGGUGAUGCUUGCGGUUUGGAUGGGAACACAGGCUGAUGAGUCCUUUCCAGAGGCAUGGCAUUCGGAUGCUCACAACGUUAGUCAUGCAAACCUCUCCAAUACUCGUUCACAGGUUUACUUUUCCCCCAGGCUAUACUACCUUAGAGUUGGAGUCAUUGAAGCUCAGGAUCUUCUUCCCUCCGACAAAGGCCGAGCUGCAGAAACAUUUGUCAAGGUCCAGCUUCUGAGGCAGCUGAAAUUUACAAAGACUUCCCGAAUGCGGGUUAACCCGGUUUGGGAGGAGGAGUUGAUGUUUGUAGCAUCGGAGCCUUUCGAAGAUUUAGUAAUCGUAACGGUUGAGGACAGAAUAGCACCUGGCAAGGAAGAGAACUUGGGUGUGGUAUAUAUCCCGCUUAGAGAAAUCCCACAAAGACUUCAAGAGUCCACCAAGCCCCCAGAUGCCCGCUGGUAUAAUCUCCAUAAGGCUUCUGUGGGAGCUGUAGAGGAGAAGGAGAAAAAUAGGGAGAAGUUCACAAGCAAAAUCCACCUUCGCCUCUGCGUGGAAGGGGGUUACCAUGUUCUUGACGAGUCGACGCAUUUCAGCAGCGAUCUGCAGCCGUCGGGGAAACACCUCAGAAGACCAAAGAUUGGGAUUCUUGAACUUGGGAUUCUGAGUGCCCAGAAUUUGCGUCCGAUGAAGGAAAAGGACGGCAGGACUGGGACUGAUGCAUACUGUGUGGCCAAGUAUGGGAGCAAGUGGAUUCGAACCAGAACUCUUCUCAGCACGCUGGCUCCUCGCUGGAACGAGCAGUAUACUUGGGAUGUUUAUGACCCAUGUACUGUAAUCACCGUUGGGGUCUUCGACAAUCACCACGUUAAUGGAAAAGAUGAUAAUGCAAAAGAUCAAAGGAUUGGGAAGGUGAGAAUUCGACUGUCGACUUUAGAAACUGAAAAAGUUUAUACCCACUACUACCCAUUGUUGGUUCUCACAUCAUCUGGUUUGAAGAAACAUGGGGAGCUUCAUCUGGCGUUGAGGUUCAGUUGUACAGCUUGGAUUAACAUGGUGGUUCAAUAUGGAAACCCCCUGCUUCCAAAAAUGCAUUAUGUUCAUCCCAUACCUGUCAUGCACAUGGACAGGCUCCGCAACAUGGCAAUACAGAUUGUGGGGGAAAGGCUAGGCCGAGCGGAGCCGCCGCUCAGGCGUGAAGCUGUGGAGUACAUGCUUGAUGUGGAUUACCAUAUGUGGAGUCUCAGGAAAAGCAAGGCCAAUUUUUUGCGCAUAAUGACGCUUCUUUCUGGGUUUUCAACUGUUUGUAAAUGGCUCAACGACAUAUGUUACUGGAGAAACCCGAUCACGACGUGUCUCGUGCAUGUCCUGUUCUUGAUAUUGGUUUGCUACCCGGAACUGAUCUUGCCCACCAUUUUCCUCUACCUGUUUGUGAUCGGGGUAUGGAACUACCGAUUCCGGCCGAGGAAACCGCCUCACAUGGAUGCACGAAUUUCACAAGCGGAAUUUGCAAACCCAGAUGAGCUGGAUGAGGAGUUUGACACAUUCCCAUCUUCUAAACCUCCAGAGCUUGUGAGGAUGAGGUAUGACAGGUUACGUAGUGUUGCAGGGAAGGUGCAGACAGUGAUUGGAGAUUUGGCAACACAUGGGGAAAGGGCUCAAGCGUUACUAAACUGGAGAGAUCCAAGAGCUACGGCAAUCAUCAUCAUCUUCUCGUUGAUCUGGGCCAUGUUCAUAUACAUUACUCCAUUCCAAGUAAUUGCAGUGCUGGUUGGGCUCUUCUUGCUUCGGCAUCCCCGGUUCAGAAGCAGGACGCCUUCUGCACCUGUCAAUUUCUUCAAGAGAUUGCCAAGCAAAUCAGAUAUGCUACUCUGAGAUGGAUGUUAUUAUCAGUUUAUCAUUCAUUUACUUAUUUCUUUUUGAGGAAAAAAAAAACGGUUCAGUAAAUAAACCCACCAAGUUCAUAGCAGCAUAAGACAGGAUAGGAAAAGCAACAAUGUUGCUCUUUUCCCUGCUACCCCCACCAACAAAAGAAUUCCACUUUUUCCUGGAUAUGUAACAUUCUAGCAUUCAUCGAUGUAAUCUAUGGAACCAAUCAUUCUUUUUGGCUCUAAUUCCAAUUUCUGUUGAGUGAA